AUGUUGGACAUCGCGACAAUACGAGGAGCAUAUUUAGAUGCUACAGAGAAAGCGUAUGACCAAAUUGAACGGAAUAUCGAUAACGCUAAGAAGAAAGAGAUCAAGAGGUCCGAAAUAAUGCAGAAAAAGAUGACGAUUGAAGAAGAGAUCGAAAAUCUAGCUAAAUGGAAAACUGCGCACAAAUGUGAUCUUCAAAUUAAGAUCAAAGGGACUGUGAUUAAGGACGAUCCCCAGAACCGUUCUUUCUUCAAGAGCUUGAGCGAGCUGAUCCCGCCAAAAGAGAUGAUGAUCCUCCAUCUUGGAAUCGCUGAAACUUUCAUUCCUGAUCAGACUCUUUUGGUUAAAUAA